CACUGAACAUCCCAGACCUCAUAUACUUUGAGCACAGCCUCCAUCGCUCAGAAUCACUACACCCCGGCUCCAAACAACUGCCCAGGAAUCGAAUUGUCAUGGGCUCCAUGUUUUACCCCACCUUCAUCUUAUACAUAUAUGCCUUCUGCGGUGGGAGCACAGGGACACUGCCCACAGAAGAAUCACAAAUAUUGACAGUCAUGUUCCAAAAGGUGAAUGACAUAUGGAACACAUUCCUCGUUGGAAUUCCCAUCCAAAAUAAUCCAGACAACUAUACAUAUGGGGCAUGUACUCUGCAACCAAAUCCAAGUCUGAAUGCGAGUGAAGCCAAAAUCACAGGAUUGGUCAUGCUCAAGCAGACAUAUCCCAAUGGAAAGCUUGAAGCAUACUUCACUAUACAAGGAUUUCCCUUGAAUUCAAAUGGAUCUAACAGAGCAAUUCAUAUCCAUAGCUUUGGGGAUGUAAGCAAUGGCUGUGAGUCUACUGGUCCACAUUACAACCCCUUUUCCGUAAAUCAUCCUAUGCACCCAGGGGACUUUGGGAAUUUUGAAGUGCAAGAUGGGAAGAUCAAGAAACAUCUGACAAACCUUGAAGCUACAUUCUUUGGUCCAUAUUCUGUUUUUGGCAAAGCCAUUGUCGUUCACAAGAUGGCUGAUGACUUAGGCAAAGGCAAUAACCAGGCCAGUUUGGAAACUGGGAAUAGCGGCAUACGUGUUGCUUGUUGUGUGAUUGGUUCCAGUAACAAGGCCAGCUGGGAUAAGUUCACCACAUUUUAUGAAAACUUCUAAAAAUCUCAUCUUUAAUCGUGCAAAUGUCCAAAAUUGUAACUAUAAUUUUGGGGUUGAAGGCAAUCAUCUUGUGUAAUACUUUGCAGAUUUUAUUUCUAGCACUUGCAUUAGGCCUGGGAGUGUUCAUAAUAUAAUUUAAAGGGGUUUUCCGAGACCAGGAACUUCUUUUAAAAGUUACAGGCCGGGUGCAGGAGUUAAAAAAAAGAGACUCACCUGUCACCACACUCCGAUCCCAGUGCUGAGCUCCCUCCUUCUGUGCUCCUGGUCCCCAUUAGACCAGAAAAGUAAAGUGCAGUCUACAUGUGCAUCACUUCCAAUCAAUGGCCUCAGCGGGGGCAGCGAUCAAGUGCUGUGCUUGCACACGUUACCGAUGGUUGGCCAGCAGAAUUGAUGUGCAUAGACGGCAUAUCACACUUUCAGUUCAGCAGGGACUGGAACCAGAGGAGAAGGGAGCUGGACACUAGAAUUGGAGUGCCAGUAACAGGUGAAUCUUUUUUAUACCCCUGCACUCUGUCUGUGAACAUGAAAUGGGGUUCCUGGUCUCGGAGAACCCCAUUAAAUAUGGUUUUUAGUAAUUUCUGUUAAAUAAAACUUGGUAUGAUUCCAGUUAUACAUA